GCCUUUAUGUAAUGUAAAGCUCACUGACUGCGCUUUAAAACCCAGUUUUCCCGCACCUAUAUGAGAAUCCAAAGUACAACUGCCAGUUGCUGACAAACUUGCCUGACUCAUCCAUUAGAAAGCUAGAACGAAGUCGAAAAACAAAAUGAAGUCUACAGUAAUUCUUAUUCUCGUUAUAUUUAUUUCUACCGUAUAUUCGGUGAAAGAUAUGAUGAGGAAAAGCAUAGUGUUUGACAAAAACACACCAGACGUUUUCUACUGCCCGAUCCACAAGCCUACUGGAUUCGAUAAAUUGAUUGUUAAGGCAAAACCACUAAAAAAGCUUUGUGAGUUUGAAGGCAAGCCUCUACCAGAAGAUUACAAGAGUGAUUGUUACCAAGACGUUGAUGAAUCUGACUUUGCUUGCAAAGAAAAAUAUAGAAUAAUGGUACGUGCGUUAACCGACGAUUAACAACAACAUUUAAAUAAUAAGGAGAUGGCAAAUUAAUCCAUGCAAAAAAUGUGCAGCAGAAUUUCGGAGUUAUCGGGCAGAGUGUAGUUGUAAGGUCGUAGCAUCGAGUAGACUUCUGAAUUCAUUGUUGUGUUCUCCCACUGUCUUAUAGAUGGCGCUGGUGUAUUUCAAAUGAAUUAUACUAGGUACAGUAUAUAGCAAUAGUAUUUAAUAAUACUACAUAACAACACUUCUACCGACGGCGACGAUAUCAAAGGCAGAACACGAACUAUUUAAAAUAUGUACCCCACAAACUGCUGCUCAGGUUCUGACACGCGAUACGAUUGCGCGUGGCAACUUCUCCCAGACUGUGCCGAGCUCUCGUCAUCAUAGAACUUUACCCAAGUAUUCAGCGUAAUUUCUAGGAAGUCACGUAGCUAUGUAAUGUACCUACAUAAUACUGUGGUUGUAGUAAACCCUAUUUCACGAGUAUCCAUUACGUUCUGGUGGUUGCUGAGGUAAACAGCAAGUGUCAUCUUUGUACUGAUCUGUAAAGUUGGCAAUAAUGAAUCUGGUACAAAUGUGCUAAAACUUGGACCAUAUUCAGAGCUGUUGAUCACUUAUCUAGAUACUUGUAGUGACUGGGAAUUUUGGCAAUAAAACAAAGUACACAUAGAAAUAUAUUUUAUAGAAAAUUAUUUUGAUACAUCUGGAAUCUAUUGAUUCAGGGGUAAGUCAUAGAACAGACUUGUUGUCAUUUUCGGUAGCUGUAAUUUUACAUGUAAAAGUAAUAUAAACUCAUUUCAUUUCUAUCUGACUUGAAAUAUAGUCAUGAUCAUUAGCAGCCAAUAUGGUUGUAGCUUUUUUUGUAUGUGAAGGAACUUUUCUAAAUAAAAGAGUUGUUGAAUCCGUAGCAUCGUACAAAAAAACUACAAAAUACGACUGUGUCUGCCUGGCGUUGACGGAUCCGUUAGAAUUGUGUUACUUGUCUUCCACUUGUCUACUGCCUAUAUAGGGAAUUUUGGAAUAUUACUAGAUAAUCAGCUGUUAUUUUACCGUUAUGGAUAGGUACUCGUGAAAAGACAGUAUGUAGAAAAAACUACGGUACGGUGACUGUAGCGAUAAUAUUUUUAGAUAUAGUCACAAAAAUUCUUCUGCUUCUUAGUUUAUUCGAACUUAUUGUCUAGCUCAACUUUAGAUUGGAAAUUUUUUUUAGGGUUCAAAAUGGUAUUGCAUUAUAACGGAAACUGAAUUUUGCUGCACAUUAUAUUCAACGAGAUCGACACACCGGUUUUAACAAUAUUAAUUUUUUUACAGAAGAGGCUCAAAA